AUGCAAGAGUUUAAGCAGGACUUUGUCGAUGUGGAUUUCAACAAGGACGACCAGAUGGAUGCCCAGGAGGUUCGUGCACACUUCAAGGGUGGCAUCUCUGACGUGGAGCUUUACCAGUUCUUUCUAGAUUCUGACAAAGAUCAGUCCGGAGACGUCUCUCUUCAAGAGUAUGUGGACUACGCUGCGAUGCUCAAUUGA